CUAAGCGGUGUUGUAGCGCAGCAGCGUGGCCAGGCGACCAGCCCUCCUCAGUUUGAAAUCAGCCUCUGCUUUGGAGAGGAAUGGCCCGAUGGAAGACCCAAAGAGCGAAAACUCAUCAUGGUCCAGGUCAUUCCUGUGGUGGCUCGGAUGAUAAGCGAGAUGUUUUCCGGAGACGACAACCUUUCUUUUGACAGCAGCAGCGUGCGCCUGCAGAUUUCAAUCCCAGAUAUAAAGGACAAUAUAGUGAGCCACCUGAAGGAGCUGUACACCCUGCUGCAGAACCACCAGGGCCAGGAGGGGGGCUGGGCUCUGCCCCCCAACCCAGGCCUGAACAUUGCCCAGGCUCUGCAGACUCAGUGAAGCUGUGAACCAACUAUUUUAUACAAAUAUUAUUCACCACUGCAGGGUUCCCCCCGCCCCUGUAAGGAAACAAGUACUUGUAUGUAAUCCUGAUUAGAAGUGUACACAAUAUACUUUUGGAUUUGUGUGCUGUUCAGCUUUUUCUUAUGAAA